GGACAGAGUGGAUCAUUUGGCAGCAGCAGUCAAUAUGGACAGGGUGGACAGAGUGGAUCAUAUGGUGGCAGCAGCCAAUAUGGACAGGGUGGACAGAGUGGAUCAUAUGGUGGCAACAGCCAAUAUGGACAGGGUGGACAGAGUGGAUCAUUUGGCGGCGGCAGCCAAUCUGGACAGGGUGGACAGAGUGGAUCAUAUGGUGGCAGCAGCCAAUAUGGACAGGGUGGACAGAGUGGAUCAUAUGGUGGCAGCAGCCAAUCUGGACAGGGUGGACAGAGUGGAUCAUAUGGUGGCAGCAGCCAAUAUGGACAGGGUGGACAGAGUGGAUCAUACGGUGGCAGCAGCCAAUAUGGACAGGGUGGACAAAGUGGAUCAUAUGGCGGCAGCAGCCAAUAUGGACAGGGUGGAUCAUAUGGCGGCUACCCAUAUGGACAGGGUGGAUCAUAUGGGGGCGGCAGCCAAUAUGGACAGGGUGGAUCAUAUGGUGGCAGCAGUCAAUAUGGACAGGGUGGAUCAUAUGGCGGCUCACAAUAUGGCCAGGGUGGAUCAUAUGGCGGCAGCAACCAAUAUGGAGGACAGGGUGGACAGAGUGGAUCAUAUGGUGGUGGCAGUAACCAAUAUGGCCAGGGUGGAUCAUACGGCAGCAGUAGCCAAUAUGGAAAGAACUCCUCUUCUUCAGGAGGCAGUCAGCCUGGUGGACAGAACUCUACUACUUCAGGAGGCAGCCAGCCUGGUGGACAGGUCUCGUCAUCCCCUUCAGGCAGUCAGCAGAGUGGUCCGAGCUCAUCAUAUUCUGGUGGACAGAGUGGAUGUUAUUGCCCAGGCUGGGUUUAUGGUUCCUACCCUGGAGGUGGUGGACGAGGCAAUCAAGUAA